AUGCAGAAAUCCCAGAUUUUUUAUUUUCCUUUCCUUUUUUUUCCUUUCCCUUUUUUCACCCAGCCCUGGAACAAGGAAAAAAAGACCCUAACCCAAGAAUCCACUCACUCACUCUACUCGCCACCUUUACACCUCCUUCCCCGCUCCAUUGCCACUCACUCGCCUCUCCCAAUCGUGAUGCUCCCUCACCCACCAUCAACAUCCAGAAAAGAACACGAGCCGAAGCCUCUAGAAGGCUGCUAGGAACUUGGUGCUUUGAUUUUGAUUUGAUUUGAUUUGAUUUGGUCUUUCGUCCCCCUUUUUUCUACCUUACCUACCUAGUCACUUCUAUACGUAUAUCCCACGCUGCCUAGGUACCUUACCUACCCAAGGCAAAGGAGGGGGGAAGAGAAUGAAUGACUCAAUCCCUCAAGUAAAGAAGUAGGUUUCGUGGAACGGCGUUCUUGAUUUUGUAAGACUUAUUGUUCGUAGAUGUCGCUCACAUGAUUUACUGGUGUUGUUUGUAGAUUGUUG